GUGUUUUUAAUUGCUAUAUUGUAUUUACUUCGCCACCAUGGCCUAUUUAUUGCCCUUCUACCUCCCUUAUCUCACCUAAUUUGCUCACAUUGUAUAUAGACUUGUUUUUCUACUGUAUUAUUGACUAUGUUUGUUUACUCCAUGUGUAACUCUGUGUUGUUGUAUGUGUCGAACUGCUUUGCUUUAUCUUGGCCAGGUCGCAGUUGUAAAUGAGAACUUCUUCUCAACUUGCCUACUUGGUUAAAUGAAGGUAAAAUAAAAAAUAUCAACUGAGCUACGAAGGAGCACGUCGACGUCACUAGAAUGAUGACAAGCAAUUUUAACGGAUUCUAAAGGGAAUCAUAGAAUUCCAAACUCAUUUCUAUGGCAACACAGUUGUCAAUUUUGUAAACAAUCAUUUUCGAACGUGUGUUGCCAAGAGACAUCUAACCGACGUUCUAUGGAACGUUUUCUGUGCGAAAACAACUUCCGUUUGCUGCUGACAACAAACUUGUUUGAUUUUUGACACCUGAGAAAGAACAAUCGACUGGAAAAUGCCUGGGUGCUUUUCAAGACUGGCGGAGAGUGCGUGGAUGUCGGCGGCCUACUGCGUCGACAGGUUGUUCAAAUUCAUUUGUGGCUUGUUUUUCUUGUCUUUUUCUGUUUUGCAGGGUUCGUGAUUGUCGACAGGUGGACAGCGACUUCGAAGAGGAAACAACUGUCCUGGAUGAGGUCCAGUUGGAUGUGCCAUUGGAUGAUGUGCCAGAUGUUCCACAGCUGCCAGUCCUCCUUGAUGUCCAGAAUGCUGCUAUCAUCCUUGAGGAUGUGCCAGAUGUGCAGACUAUCCUUGAGGAGGCCACUGGCAAUUGGCAGUUGAUUCCGAUUAGGUUCAGCCCCCUGUACUGUGGGCCUGUUGUGAUCAGGAACAAUGCCGGUCCGGUGGUUAAAGCUUGGAGAACUUUCCAGUUCAUCAGCCCCAUCAUCACAUACAUGCGUGGGGGAUCCCAGCAGGUGGUGGUGAGGAUGCACCACGUUAGUAGGGUGAGAGGCCUGGAGACUCAACUGGUGUGGGCCAUCUCCAAGGAGACAGCCAGGCUUAGUCCAAAGGGCAUCCCCUACUGUGCCACCAAAGUGCAGUCCAUCACUUGGAUCCAGCGUGUGGCUGGCAGGGUGACCCACUAUGUGUCUCACCUCCGCCACGAGAUGUCUGUGGACGUGACGCUUGGCUGCUACCAGCAGACUGAUGUCUCAGUGGUGUACGCCACUCUCCACAUGGGGCUGGACGGGCUUCUCUCCUCUUCAGCGUGGUCGGAGGCUGCCUCCUUCUCUACGCCCACCACUCAGCAGUUCACUGACCCAGAGCCUGAGGGCCACAACUGCUAUGAGGGCUGGGAGGAGGACCUGCUGCCUGAGGAGAGGGAGGUUCCUCUGCUAAACCUCUACCUUACCACCAAGAGAGUGGAGGACAUCGCCCUGAGGCUCGUCUCCCUGCGCCAGGCCUUCACUACCCUGCUUGGUUCCACCCUGAGCAGGAACCAUCUGUUUGUGGCGGGAAAGGUCCUCCUGGGCGCACUGGUUCAGGCCAACCACAUGGACGAGGCCAAGUUCAUCCGUUCCUAUAACGACUUUGUGGACUACCUGAGUGACCCCUCCAAGCGGAAUGACAUUGAGAGGGAGCUGGCUGAGGCAAAGAUCCAUCAUGUGAACAUGAUAGAUGUCCUCUUUGAGCUGGUGCUGUUUGGGAUGAUGACAGCUCAGAAGUCCCUGAUGGUGCACCCCGGUGGGUUUGUGGAGCAUCUGUACGCUCUCCUGUACUCCUUCCUGCCCACUGCUGCCAACAUGGAGCCAGAGGCUGACAGAUACCUGCUGCUGCUCAAUGAUUCUUGUGACACUUUGCCACCCAAGAGGGAUCCAGACACCAAUGCACUACAUUACUUUGCACUGAAUUUGACAUUUUUAAAUAAAAUAAGUUGUAGUUCAAAAACAUUUUUGUUUCCGUCUUUUCAUCUAUUUGAUUUUAUGACCAUUUCCUCUUCCUAGAGGUAUAAUGCUAAU